AUGCAAUGGACUCAUUCACCACUCAUCCGUAUCUACAAAACCAUCGGCAAUAACAAUGAGGAAACAACAACACUCGAGACUUUGAAAAGUUCGCUAAGCCGCACAUUGGUUCCCUAUUACCCACUAGCUGGUCGACUACACUGGAUUCAUGGUGGCCGACUGGAACUCCAUUGCAAUGCCAAGGGAACGAAGGUAAUGGAAGCUUAUUCAAUAGAAAAACUUGAUGAACUUGGCGACUUUGCACCCACGGAGGCAAUUGAAGAUCUGGUCCCUAAGGUUGAUUAUGGUAGUCCGAUUGAGGACUGGCCCUUGCUGCUGGUGCAAGUCACAAGGUUUAGCUGCGAUGGUCUCUAUGUUGUUACAACCACGUGCCACACAAUGGGUGAUGGAUGGUCUGCAGCUAACUUCUUCAAUGCGUGGGCCAAAUUGGCUCGGGAAGAUGAACUUGAGGAGUAUGAGAUACCGUUUCAUGAUCACACUAUUUUACGAUCACCUGAGCCACUUACGCCUCCGUGCUUUUUGUGA